GUGCAGCAUGCAAUGGGAAAAUUGAGACAAGACAGGCCAGUCAUGAUGAAGUCAAACAUCUUCCAGAAAUGGCCAACUCUAAAACAGGCUAUGCGCAUGAUCUAAACUGCACCUUCCUUCUGGAGUCCAGCAUCGAUUCUGAUGCUAUUGAAGUUACCCUCAGUGGUCGGAUGGUGACCAGGGAUAUGUUCGAGUGUGAGAGCGACGCAGUUACUUUAUAUGAUGGUAACAGCACUAGAAGCCCUAUCAUCACCACGUGGUGUGGAGCAAAUGGGCAGGGGAAGCGAUACACCAGCAAGGGACCAAAGAUGCUGGUAGUUGUCAACACUGACAGCCACACCAGUUACCAGGGAGUCAAGAUCAAAUACUACACGGUGCCACAGAUGGGUGGCUGCAGUGUGGUCACAGAAAUGGAGGUUAACACAACAUUUCAAUACUUGACGUCACCAAACUAUCCCUUCUACUAUCCCUUCAAUAGCUACUGUGAGUUCAAACUAUUGGCACCCGAGGGACAUUUCAUACGGUUUGAAGUCAUGGAUUCAAAAAUAGAAGAUGACUGUAGCGACACUGUGCGAGUCUACAGCGGACUGGAAAAGAAGUAUGAGAAAUACUUGGGGCGCUGGUGUGGCGACGAGAAGCCCAAAUAUAAAAGUGAAGGGAGAGAAAUGCUGAUUGUUUUCUCAGCAGAUGAUAAUCUUAACAGUGGAGGUUUUCAUGCCAGGUUUUAUGCAGACAAAGAUACCAGUAGUAACUACCUCAUACCUGCCAUUGUUGGAUCUCUCCUGAUUGUGAUAACCAUCAUUGUCAUUGUUAUCGUUGUCAUCUAUAUAUUUAUACGACGCAAAAAGGGAAGCCAUGGUAGUACCUCAGUAUGUGUAAAAUAG